CACCCGCCCGCGGACCUGACCCCGCGCGCCUGGGAUGCGCCGGGAAUGCGCGUCCUCCGGGCCUGCGGCUCCUCCCGGCUGGGCGCGGGGCGAUGGACCUGAGCAUGAAGAAGUUCACCGUGCGACGGUUCUUCUCCGUGUACCUGCGCAAGAAGUCGCGCUCCAAGAGCUCCAGUCUAAGUCGACUCGAGGAGGAAGGCACCGUGAAGGAGAUCGACAUCAGCCACCAUGUGAAGGAAGGGUUUGAAAAGGCCGACCCUUCCCAGUUUGAACUGCUGAAAGUCUUAGGACAAGGAUCCUACGGAAAGGUGUUCCUGGUGAGGAAGACCAAGGGGUCUGACACGGGACAGCUGUACGCGAUGAAAGUCCUCAAGAAAGCUACUUUGAAAGUUCGGGACCGAGUCCGAUCGAAGAUGGAAAGAGACAUUUUGGCAGAAGUGAAUCACCCUUUCAUCGUAAAGCUUCAUUAUGCCUUUCAGACGGAGGGGAAGCUCUACCUGAUACUGGACUUCCUGCGAGGAGGGGACCUCUUCAGCCGGCUCUCCAAAGAGGUGAUGUUCACUGAGGAGGAUGUCAAGUUCUACCUGGCUGAGCUGGCCUUGGCGUUAGACCACCUGCACGGCCUGGGGAUCAUCUACAGGGACCUGAAGCCCGAGAACAUCCUGCUGGACGAAGAGGGACACAUUAAGAUCACAGAUUUCGGGCUGAGUAAGGAGGCCAUCGACCACGAUAAGAGAGCUUACUCCUUCUGCGGGACCAUAGAGUACAUGGCACCCGAGGUGGUGAACCGGCGGGGACACACGCAGAGCGCCGACUGGUGGUCCUUCGGUGUGCUCAUGUUCGAGAUGCUCACGGGAUCGCUGCCGUUCCAGGGGAAGGACAGGAAGGAGACCAUGGCCCUCAUCCUCAAAGCCAAGCUGGGCAUGCCACAGUUCCUCAGCACCGAAGCCCAGAGCCUGCUGAGAGCCCUCUUCAAACGGAACCCGUGCAACCGUCUGGGUGCUGGCCUCGACGGGGUAGAGGAGAUCAAGCGGAACCCCUUCUUCAUGACCGUAGACUGGAAUAAGCUGUACCGGAAGGAGAUCAAGCCGCCAUUCAAGCCAGCGGUGGGCAGGCCCGAGGACACCUUCCACUUUGACCCCGAGUUCACAGCACGGACGCCCACAGACUCACCUGGCGUCCCCCCCAGCGCCAACGCUCAUCAUCUGUUCAGAGGAUUCAGUUUCGUGGCCUCGAGUCUGGUCCAGGAGGCCUCCCCGCAAGAUCUGCACAAAGCCACGGUCCACCCCAUCGUGCAGCAGUUGCACGGGAACAACGUACACUUCACCGACGGCUACGAGAUCAAGGAGGACAUCGGGGUGGGCUCCUACUCCGUGUGCAAGCGAUGCGUGCAUAAAGCAACGGAGGCAGAGUACGCCGUGAAGAUCAUCGAUAAGAGUAAAAGAGACCCCUCGGAAGAGAUCGAGAUUCUCCUGAGAUACGGACAGCAUCCGAACAUCAUCACGCUCAAAGACGUCUACGACGACGGCAAGUUCGUGUACCUGGUGACGGAGCUGAUGCGUGGCGGGGAGCUCCUGGACCGCAUCCUGCGACAGCGACACUUCUCGGAGCGGGAGGCCAGCGACGUGCUGUGCAUCAUCACCAGGACCAUGGAUUACCUCCACUCGCAGGGGGUUGUUCAUCGAGACCUGAAGCCGAGUAACAUACUGUACAUGGACGAGUCUGGAAACCCUGAGUCCAUCCGCAUCUGCGAUUUCGGGUUCGCCAAGCAGCUUCGAGCUGAGAACGGGCUGUUGAUGACACCCUGCUACACGGCAAACUUUGUCGCCCCGGAGGUCCUGAAGCGACAAGGCUAUGACGCAGCGUGUGACAUCUGGAGUCUGGGGACCCUGCUUUACACCAUGCUGGCAGGAUUUACCCCUUUUGCAAACGGCCCCGAUGACACUCCCGAGGAGAUUUUGGCGAGGAUCGGCAGUGGGAAAUACGCCCUUUCUGGGGGGAACUGGGACUCCGUCUCUGAUGCGGCAAAGGAUGUCGUAUCCAAGAUGCUCCACGUGGACCCCCAUCAGCGCCUGACGGCAGUUCAAGUUCUCAAACACCCAUGGAUCGUGAACAGAGAGUACCUGUCCCAAAACCAGCUCAGCAGACAGGACGCCCACCUGGUGAAGGGGGCUAUGGCCGCCACCUACUUUGCCCUGAACCGAACCCCGCAGGCGCCGCGGCUGGAGCCCGUGCUGUCGUCCAGCCUGGCGCAGCGCAGGGGCAUGAAGAGACUCACGUCCACGAGGCUGUAGUACCCGCAGG